GAUUAAAAGGGAGUUCGUUCCUCGAGUCUGCGAGAGAGCGACCUUAAUGAAAACAGAGCCGCCUUCCGUUGCCUCCGAGGGCACUUAGCAACUGCCCGUGGGCCGCGUGCUCUAGACAGAGAAUAGUGAACAGGCAAGGACACAAUCAUGUAUGUACUUUAACAUAUACAUGCCAACACACACACACACACAUAUAUCUACGUGUGUUACAACAGGCGAUACAGUUGACCGAGCAUGGCACCGCUGCUGGGCUCUAUGAAUGCGUAAAGCACAGGCGCUGAAUGGAAGCGCGUCUCUGUCGGUGUGCGCUCCGGGCCACCACGACCAGAAUGGUGUCAUCGCCUUGAAGACCGCCCCAGCCACCAAUGUUCUUCAUCAGAAGCAGCAGCAGCAGGAGCAGCAGCAUCAGAGCUCCAAGCCGAACGGCCUGGGACUUCUUGUCUUCACAGCUGGACGACGACGAUCUUGAAAUUCAACAUACUCAUGCCGGCGGUGUCUUCAUCAUUAUCACCACCACCACCACCGAUCGCCACCAUAAUCACCAUCAGCACCAACACCAUCAUCAGCAGCAGCAGCGGCGGGCAUCAUCAAUGCACCAGCGUGAGCUUGUAAGUUGAGUCCGAGAGUUGGAUUCCUGAGUCAAGUCUACGCCUCGUCGUUCCAUGGGGACCUCGGAUCAGAGAGACCAUCAGCCCAUCCCGGAGGCGUCCUGCAUCACCUCUGCCCGUCUUCCACGCCACGUGCUGCUGCUGAUGAUGCUGCUGCUGCUCUUGCCGCUGCUGGUCGCGCUGUGGCAGGCGUGUGGAACAAAUGCUCAGACGACAGGUUCGAAGGACACGGACGUCGGAAGACACUCCUCCCACAGCAACGAAGAUUUCUUAGCGGAUGAAAGCCUGGGGCUUGGCACAGACUACGAGUUGGUCCACCCGGUCGAGGUCGACGCCGACGGCUCCGUGCUCGCACCUUCGUCCGGCCGGCAGAAGCGCUCGCUGGGGACGGCCGGAGUCGAUGGCCUCCUGCGCUACCGCCUCCUGGGAUCGGGCCAGGACUUCAGCCUCGAGCUGGAGCCCACGCCGUGGCUGCUGGCGCCGGGCUUCAGCGUGACGGUGCUGGGAGACGAGUCGUCGUCGUCGUCGUCGUCCGGCGCCGCGGUCCGAAGGGUGGACGUGUCGCCAGCCCAGAGGAGCUGUCACUACCAGGGGAGGCUCCGCGGGAUGGAGGGCUCCUCCGUAGCCGUCUCGACGUGCGACGGGCUGUCCGGAUUGAUACGCACAUCGACGGGGGAAUAUUUCAUAUCUCCGCUGCCCGACCACCUGGCCCGCAAGCACAACAUCAGCCGGCCGGCGGCGGCAGCGGUGGCCGCCCCUCCGCACGUCCUCUACCGGCGCGCGGCCGAGCGGCGAGUGUCGCCGACCGGGAAACGACGAGCCGGAGGAGGACCUCGCGACGACGGCGACGACGGAGGCGGCGGGGAUGGACGCAAGCGGCACUACUGCGGGGCGGCACGGAAGAAAUCCUCGCCCUCCAUGUCUCCUUCCCUCGACCCCGCGUUCCGCGUCCGUCCGGACGAGUACCCAAGCCCCGCCACUGCGGCGACGGCGGCCGGCGACGAUCGCCAGCGCCGCGGGGCGAGGAGUCGGCGCUCCCCGGCGCGUAGCAGCGGUGGCGGUGGCGGCAAGGAGCUCACGGUGGAGACCCUGGUGGUGGCCGACAAGCGCAUGCUGCAGCGGCACACGGCCGACAACGUCACCACCUACAUCCUCACCGUGCUCAACAUGGUGUCUACGCUGUUCAAGGAUGGCACGAUCGGUAGCAAGAUCAACAUGGUGGUGGUGGGGCUCAUUCUACUGGAGGAAGAUCAGCCGGGCCUCGUGAUCUCCCACCACGCCGACCAGACACUCAGCAGCUUCUGCCAGUGGCAGGCCGGUGUAUCGGGCCGCAACGGUGCCCGUCACGACCACGCCAUCCUCCUCACCGGCUUGGACAUCUGCUCCUGGCAAAACAAGCCGUGCGACACCCUCGGCUUUGCGCCCAUCAGCGGGAUGUGCAGUAAGUACCGCAGCUGCACGGUGAAUGAAGACUCUGGACUGGGAGUCGCCUUCACUAUCGCUCAUGAGUCAGGACACAACUUCGGCAUGAUCCACGACGGCGAGGGCAACGCGUGCAAGAAAACCGAGGGGAGCAUCAUGUCUCCGACGCUCGCCGGCAACAACGGCGUCUUCACCUGGUCGGACUGCAGCCGCCAGUACCUGCACCGCUUCCUCAAUUCCCCACAAGCCGCCUGCCUGGCCGACAAACCCAAGACCUCCGUGCCCUUCCGUUUCCCCGAGGAGCUGCCGGGCCAGCUGUACGAUGGCGACACGCAGUGCCGGUGGCUGUUCGGUACCGUCGCGCGCAUGUGCUCUGAGGGCAAGCGGGACGUCUGCAAGGCGCUGUGGUGUCACCGAGACGGGCGGCACUGCGAGACCAAGUUCCUGCCGGCAGCCGAGGGCACCGCAUGUGCCAGCAACAUGUGGUGCCGUCGCGGCGAAUGUGUACGGCACGGAGAGGAGGGACCCCGCGCGGUGCCGGGGAACUGGGCUCCGUGGGCCGGCUGGAGCGAGUGCUCCCGCACGUGCGGCGGCGGGGUGACGCGUCGCGAGCGCGUCUGCAGCGACCCGCGACCCGCGUACGGGGGAGGUUAUUGCGAGGGCCCGGGCAGGGUGUACCGCAUGUGCAACGUGGACACGUGCCCCACGUCCAGCCCGGGGUUUCGGGCGCAGCAGUGCGCCGAGUACAACAGCAAGCCGUUCCGCGGGUGGCUCUACAAGUGGAAGCCCUACACCAAAGUGGAUGAGCAGGACAUCUGCAAGCUGUACUGCAUGGCAGAGGACUUUGACUUCUUCUUUGCGCUGGCGAGCAAGGUGAAGGAUGGCACGCCCUGCGCGGAGGGCAGCACUGACAUCUGCGUGGAUGGAGUGUGCGAGGAGGUCGGCUGCGACCAGACCCUGGGCUCGGGGGCUACGCUGGACGCGUGCGGCGUCUGUAACGGGGACAACUCCUCGUGCCAGGUGUUCCGAGGGCACUACACGGCCCAGCACCACGCGGACGAGUACCACACGGUGGUCGUCGUCCCUCCCGGUGCGCGGUGGAUCCGCGUCUUCGAGCUCAGCAUCUCGAGUAGCCUGCUCGCCGUGCGGACGGCCAGCCCCAGACACCAGGGUCCCCCCAUCUCCUCUACCUCCUCGUCGUCGUCUGGCUACUACCUCAAUGGCGCGCGCAUCGCCACGUGGCCCGGGCGGCUGCGUUUCGCCGGCGCCACCUUCGACUACAAGCGGCCGUACAACCGACCGGAGAGCCUGAGUUCGCCGGGACCCACCAACCAGACGCUGGUGUUUGAGGUACUUAUCCAAGGCCGGAAUCCUGGCAUCGGCUGGGAGUACACGCUGCCCAAGGACUCGGAUGGGCCCGGCGCUGCCGGCAAGCCGAGUGGCCGCAAGCACAGCCACGCGUGGGCCCUGUCGCGCUCCGAAUGUUCGGCUACGUGCGGCGGAGGGCAGCUGCAGACGCGUGGCGUGUGCCUACGAGACCGACGGACGCAGGUCAACGGCUCGUUCUGCGACGCCAGGCAGAAGCCGGCCACGACCACGCACACCUGCAACCACAACCCAUGCCCUGCCAGCUGGUCUGCAGGAGAGUGGAGCGCGUGCAGCGUGAAGUGCGGGGGAGGUCAACAGACGCGCGCCGUUGCUUGCGUCCGUGCCGGGCCAUCGGGAACUCUCCCCGCCGAUGACUCGGCGUGCCCCGCGCCAGCGCCCGCCAAGACGCGAGCCUGCAACCCACAGGACUGUCCCCCGGCCUGGGUCAUGGGGUCCUGGUCUCAGUGUUCCAAGCCGUGUGGACGCGGCGUGAGGACACGCGCCGUUCAGUGCCGCAGCUCGGGCCGCGGGGGCCGCUCGCUGCCGCUGGCGGACGAGCGCUGCGACGCGCGCGGGAAGCCCGCGCACCGCGAGUUCUGCAUGCUGCGCCGCUGCCGCAGGGAGCCUCACCUGCAGUGGCUCAUCUCGGCGUGGUCCGAGUGCUCCGCGACGUGCGGGCCCGGCGUGCAGCGGCGCUCGGUGUCGUGCGGUGAGCGCGACGCCGGCGGCACCCUGCGCGAGUCGCCCUCCCGCCGCUGCCGCCAACUGCCCAAGCCUCCCGCCAGCACGGAGAGGCCCUGCCGCCUCGCGUCGUGCCCCGCCGCUCCUCCUCCUCUUCCUCCUCCUCGCCCCCCUCCUCCUCCUCGUCCCCCCGCUGCGCUGCCCCGUGCGCUGCCUCGGCCGGCCGAGUGGCAGAAGCUGGCGGCGCCGCUGGGGGCCUCGGCGGACAAAGCGGUGACGAGCAACGCCAUCCCGCAGUGGGACUCUGCCACGUGGUCGCAGUGCACGGUGAGCUGCGGUGGCGGCGUGCAGACGCGCGCGGUGCGCUGUGCGUCUCAGGGUCACCCGGCGCACGGGUGCCUCCCCCACCUCAGGCCACCGAUGUCCGCGGCCUGCAACACUCACUUCUGCCCUCACGACGCCUCCCUGCCCAACACAGCGGAGGACUCGGGCUGCCGGGACCAAUUCGGCUGGUGCUCGCUGGUUCCGCAGCACGGCAUGUGCAGCCACAGCUUCUACGGGCGCCAGUGCUGCCGCUCGUGUGCCAGAACCAAUAACCACUUGCAUCGGUGACACCCCCCCACCACCACCCACUUCUUCACAUCCCCCCUGCCACCCCCCCCCCCACCACCCCCCACUUCCUCCUUGCCGAUCCCGUUAUUAAGCCUCCCCCCUCUCCCCACCUCCCUGUCCAUCCUGAACCCGGGAGCCCUCAACGUUUAAUAUUGUCAGCCAACUUUGCUGCUGCGUGGCAAAAGUGCAAAUGUACUCGUGUUAUGUGUCCUGUGUAUACGUCCGCGUGUGUGUGCGUGAGGGGGGGGGCAGGGGGGGGGGAUGAUGAUGGCACAGUGGUUAGCGCAUUGUGUGCAAAAUAACCCAGUGGCCUGAACGAAGUUGGAUUCCUGACGGUGGCUAACAUCGGUAGCAAGCGUUAUUAGAACUUGUCCUGGGCCGCUCCUAGGUCAACUCGGCCUUAAAUGAGUACCUGGUGAGGAGUGCAAAUGUUCGAAUUCGGGAGACAAAUGCGGUCAAUCACGGGGCUGACUGGCAACUUGUUGUGCGCCAUUCCAGCCGACAAUAGGUGCCCGCUAACAGCACUUGCCACUUGGGGGAUCUCCUAUCUCCGUGAGGUGCGGUGGUGGUUAUCACACUCUGCUGUGAUCUUUGUGAACUCGGUUUGAUUGCUUGACCAUGAACCAGGUGCAAUCUGGACCAUCCCGACAUCCCCCCCUCCUCCCCAACCGCUCAAGAUUGACUCAACAUUAAGUGACGAUCCGGUUUGGUGUGUACACGUAAACACUGGGGAGACAAAGGUAGCCAGGGUUGGUGCUGGUCACAUCGCCCCCUCGUCUGUUGCCAUAUCAGUUUUAGUCGGGCGAAUCCGUAGCAAACACUUUCUCCGAUGUCCUGCGGGGGGCUGAACAGCGCGGGUCUUUCUCGUGCUCGCGCGCGUGUUUACAGUCAUCAUUGCUGGUGCUCAAUGAAUGGAAUUACACACCCGGUGCUCCAGUGCAAAAUGACGAGGACAUUGUGGUGCGAUAAUACACAUCCCUAUUGGGUGACCUCGCACCUCGUCGUUCACAAUGUCUGGACCCAUCUCGUCGACCCAACCUUAUGCAAAUGCGGCACUCGUGAUUUGCUUCUGGCACAAGGUUCUUUGAUAAUUAUGAUGCAAUGUGAGGAUGAUGAAGUCUUGCCAUUGUUGGUUUCAGCAGUUUUUUUUGUUCAUGGUUGACGGGAAAUUCUCGUUGUUAGAUCGUAAAGGACCGUUGGUGUACUCUUUGGGUAUUUCGGUAAAGUCACUGAGACAUUCUUUAGAGUUGGUCCACACCAAAGCUACUUUCUAUCAACUCAAAGCAAUGUCUUUUCAAUUGACAAUCCCUUAGCCAUUAUUUGAAAUUCCACAUUUCUACGGCGUAUGCCAGCCUCUCCAUAGGAUGACCAAUGCCGACUUCUGACAAAAGUUGUGCAUAUUUUAUUUAUCCAAGGGGGUAUGGGUUGACCCCUGAAUGGGAUUUCAAUUCCGCACCUCCUAAACGCUCUGACGCCAGUGGCAGUAGUACAAUAAUUCUUCAACUACACAUUGUGAAAUUGACUCUUGAUUAUAAAUGUAGCGUAUGUUGGUUAGAAACCUCGCCAGAACCUCACUGUCCAGUAGGUCCACAGAUAUAUCUCAUACAUGAUGACCCCAUCUUAGCAAGACUAUCUCCAAUUAAUGACAACACACUAAACCAUCAAGGUUGACUUGUAUCUCCCAAUAAUCCAGCUCUGGUCUCUUAGUCAACGUAGAGACCAUUACAGUUCAAUUAAAAUCUUCACAUCUCAGUCCGUGAACCAGAGCAGAUGUGUAGUGGCAAAAAUUUAGAGGCACCAACAUCCAUCUGUGGGCAAUGAAAGCAAAUGUACAUGUGCCUGGUUGCAUAACUAAUCUGGCUAAAUAGGCACUCUCGCGUUUCCUUUCUGUGCCAAAGCCUCUUAACUCCAAACAAUUAUUACAUCCAUAAAAAAGCGUACGUUCGUCCUACUCUGUAAUAUUGUCAUGUCUGGGUUGGAGCACCCAGUUCCGAUCUCACUGCACUGGGUAGAAUUCAACGUCAAGCAGGCGGGUUGACGAAUGGUCCAACACUCGCUGAUUCACUGCAGUCAUUGGCUCACCGGCGGUCAGUUUCGUUCUUAUCAAUCUUCUAUUGCUACUUCCGCGGUUACCGUGAAUGUGUUGUUGGCCAUUUGACAUUGUGGGCCCUUUGGGUCUCUGCUCAGCAAUUGUGUAAAAAUAUAUAUUCAUUGGUUAUGACAACUGACCGGGGGGUUGGCAACCAAAUUAACAAGAAGAGAAGUUUUUUUACGAAUUCAGUAAAAAAAAACAAAGUCAAUAUUUCAAGAGCCGCCAAUGCACUGUGUGACGAAUCCGAGAUGGUGGUCCUGAAUAAAAAAACGGUUACGAAGCAGCAGCCCUUAAAGAGUCGCAUGCGGCUCUGGAGCUGCAGGUUGCAGACCCCGAUUAUAGACCUUUACAAGAAGCACAUUUAAGUGUUGCCAACGCCGAUGACACCAAAAUAUUUAGUCUGGGCCAGACACAUGUCUGCAUUCAUUUGCUGUGCGAUGUGCAUAUGCUGUGAUAAUCUGCUUUGAUUGAUGAGGACUUGAGAAAGUUUCGGAACAUUUCCCAGAUGGUGAACAGCUGCGUGUGUGUAUUACAUCAGUUGUGUCAUCAUUAUUUGCAAGUUCAUCUUUUUCGUAGGAAACAAACUCGAGUAAAGUGCAAAACUUGCAGCCCUGCAAGUGAUUAUUUCAUGCCAUUCCUGCACGAAAGGCCUCAGAUCGAAUGAGCUCUCAAAUCGAGGGGAGCUCUGUUUGAAGCCAACACAUUUGAGAGCCACCCAUUCUUUCAACUGCCGUGCCAGGAGAUCGUUGCUCCACCAUCAUUCUUCGAUAUUGGUUCGUCCGUAAAUAUGCCGUGUAACAGGAGGCAUGGUGUCCUUUUCUUCAAUGUGACUUCAUCACAAUGACCAUGCAGAGUGAUAGUAUUCCCUUGCUUCUCAAAUCGAUGACAAAUCGAACUCAACAUCCUCAUUAAUCGUGGGGGGAAUGCCCAGUUUUUUGUUGUUGCGCGUAGAUGAACGCUCGCCCGAGGGAUUCUGCCUUGCGAGAGAAUGAAUGAACAUGUAUUGAGAUUAACGAGAGAAACUAACGAAGAAGAAAAAAGGGACUGUUAUGGUUAGCGGGCACGCACAAAGCGAGUGUGAGUGCAUUCUUCAAGAGGGGCAUUCGUGUUGGCUGCAAUGUGAGCAGACAAUGAAGCAACUGAGACGAAGUGGCCCAGGGUGGAGCGGUGACAUCGACCGAGCUGGCGCAAUGUGUUCAUAAAUUAUCUCGUUCUGUCGUAUUAAAGUUACACGAAAUGAUGGGUUACCAAAAAUGACUGUGGGGCGUCGGGAAAGAAUGCAAUGUGCACUUCUAAAGAGCAACUCCCACAGCAAUUGUUGAUUUAAAAAAAACAAUGUAUGAGCACAAUUCCUAUGCAGUACUGUGUGGUAUGUGCUGUGCUGUGUGUGUGGGUGUUCAAAGCCCAAGAUUGGGGCCUGCUGACUUAACUAGCCUCAGCUUGACUCGUGUGUGAAUUACUGGUCGUGUUGGUUGUAAGGUUACAUUUUAAAUGUUUAAAGGUUCAAACUGCAUUAUUUGUCUGUCAUAAUUAUGUUAAAGAAAACAAGUGUAGCAAUUAUUUAUAUUUAAUUGAACAAAAAAAAAAACGAAUAGCCUCGAGCAAACCAAUGUUUAUUCGAAGUGUCAAGGCUCAAAGAGCCAGAGUAGCCACACACACUUCCAAACUUGUCAUCUGGGUCUCAACGCAAACACUCGAUGACUUAUCGUGAGGAAUGACCAUCUUUGAUGUUAAACAACAGGCUCCGUAAGAGCUUCCUAAAAGCUAGAUUAUACUGAUGUCUCGUGAAACCACAUCUAUAAUGCAGAUGACUUUCCUUUUUUAUAUAUGAAAUGGAGGAGCUUUUGAAGAUUGCUCUUAAAAUCGUUUGUAAAGGGUCGUUUGGAUUUCAUUUGUAAAUAAAUGAUUGAAU